AUGUACUUAACAAAUUCCUUCUCUCUCCUCCAGAUGAUUAUCACAGCAGGAAAUUUAUCUGAAAGUCAAAAUGCUUUAGAACUUGCCAGAACAAAUGGUAGCUAUUUUUUAUUACUCUCUCAAAGUUUUCUCUUUGCUGUCGUGCGCUGUCUUCAUGAUCUCUUGCCUCCUUUAUUUCUUUUUCGUGUAGCAUCUUUUCACUGCACUGUUGGUUGCCACCCGACACGUUGUAGUGAAUUUGAACAAGAUGGACUGGAUCCAAGUGAUUAUCUUCAUCAACUGAUUACUAUCGCUCAGGACAAUAAAGGAAAAGUGGUAGCUGUUGGUGAAUGUGGUUUAGGUAAGGGAUCACCAAAGUAGAUUUUUUUCAGGAUAUGCACAGUGCCAGGGUGCGACCCAGUUAACGUGAACCUAAACCCUAACCCAGUUGUAACAGCAGCGACCAAACCUCCUGUGAUCGAGCACCGAUCUCUAAUGUGGAGAAUCACAUAUGAUCGCUUGGUGACAGAGGACUAUAGAGAGUUAGCUUGCCUUCAAACUCAUUAAUAUGUACGAUUUGGGUGCCAAGAAUCAGUAAAGGGGAACUAGAACCAUUUGUUGGACAAUGACAGCAACAGGAAAUAGAACUUGCAUAAUUACGUUACGACUCAGCGUUUUGAACUCACAGGCGGGUUAGCGCUUAUUUCGUCGACAACUUAAAUGAACCAAUAAAGACAUUCAUCGACCUAGGAAUAACUAGAAAACCUGUCCAACGUGUUAAUCCACAGCAUUUAAGAACAAAAGCAAAAAUUAAAGCAAGAAUAUAUGAUAUCAUCGACACUAAUGUAUUUCAAGAUAACAAUUUCUCAAAAAUGAGGCCUUGUUGGUACUCUCAGAAGCAUAUUAUAUGCUUCUGGUGCGCUCCACACUACUACCAGUAGAUAUUAUAAUUUUAUAACUUGAUGACAGAAAUGUGAUGGUGAAUUUUAAGUCUAGUGAAUAGUUGAGAAAGAUGUUUUUCAGCCAGUGACGGAGGCAGUUCGGAAGAAACCUAGUUUAUUGGUCUUAGCUCCCACGAGUCUCCUGUGGCUCAAUGGUUGAGCAUCUGGACUGAGUAACCAAACGGUGAUAGGUUCGACUCCAGUACUCAAAUUUUUCCUUUCGAGCCGACUGUUUGAAUGACUGGAAACAUCUCUCUCAUAUGUAAUGUAAGUAGCAUAAUUAUAACAUUGAAGUAGUAUUACUAUUUCAAAGAAGGUAAUUUAGCUUGCUAGUAAGCUUCUUUUAAUUUUAUUAAAUUCAGCUUUAGAGUGAGCCGGAGAGGAUACAAACAAAGAAUAUCAAUGAAAAGGUUUUUACAACUUUGUCAUUGAUAAAAUGGUGCUUUUACAGUUGUCAGCUUUGUGCCAUUGGGACACCUCGGUACUUCCUGUGUAUAUAUCAUAUAUAAAACAACUCUGCAAACAGCCACGCAAUAAGCCGUCUCUUAUAUACCGAGAUAAGCAAAGUUAACAUAAAUAGUUUCUGCUACCUUGUCAAAAGGUUUAAAGUAAGCGCGAAGUAUACGUCGCUACUAUGGAAACCCAGUUUUGAAGUCAACUCUUUUGUUCUUUUUUGUUUGUCAGAUUAUGACCGUACUCAUUUUUGUCCAAAGGAAAUUCAGUUAAAGUAUGUAAAGUCCACUGUCUUGGUAACCACUGUGCUUCAUAACUACUUGUAUCAGUAGAGCCUGUGUUUCAAGUUCAUUUCCUUAUCUCAAAAAGGGCUUAUAUGAUUUUUUGUGUUAGCUGGUUCGUCCUCACAAUAGUUAAAAGUAUCAACCAGAUAAUCUUUCUCAAACUGAUGAAAACUGAAAUAAUCAUAUGUAGCUUUCCUUGCGAGUCCCAGGUUAUCUAAUGUUCCAUACCGGUAACGCGGAGGUCACGGGUUCGAAUCCCGUUGAAGCUUUGAUUUUUUCAGGCUUCUUCUUUCCAAUUGCUUAAAUUGGAAAAUUCACUGCGAUGAUCAUUCUUUACUUUCGUUCCAUGCGGUGUUUGAAGAAGGCAUACUUUGCCUGUAUAUGUAUCUUUAAUUGCUUUUUUUCUUUUUGCUUUGCAUUUUAGAUAUUUUGAGAAACAGUUUCAAUUAGCUGAAGAAACUAAACUGCCAAUGUUUUUACAUUCGAGAAGUGCACAUCAAGAUUUCAUCGGUAAGUUUUAAAUCUACAAAGAGGGAAUAAUGCAGCCGCAACUCAGCGAGCCGCCUUCCUUUUUUAGAUCCAUAUGCUCUUUCGAAAUAAGCCCGCAUUCAAUGCGACUGAAGUUGAGUUUGGUUAAUCAGCAAAACUGAAAAAUAUCUCUAUAAAAUUCAAAUUUCACAACAUAAUAUUUGUAACGUAAGCUUAAUUCUACGACAUUAUUGUAAGUGGGUUAUGACGCAUAUAAACUAUCAGCAUGCAGUGAAAUGGAACCGUCAGCCUCUUCCCGGAGGUUUUAACUUACAUCUUGGACCACCGAUGCGUCUAGUGAUGCCUGGGUGUAAGCUUUCAAGAUGGCAAUUACACUUAAUGUAGAAGGUCUUGCCAGGAAAUACUAAAAAUAUGUAUUUUAGAAUAACUUAUAAUAUAUAACUUUUAAUUUCAUCCUUUGCAUUUGUAUGAUAAGAAUAUGUGAAAACUUCAAGUGUUAAAUUACACCUUGCCAUAAUUUUGGACAUGUCAAAUUCGGAUGAAGUAAUAAAGUUCAGUUGCAUUAAGGAUCCCAUGAAAUAUUUUCUUUACUUUUAGUGUAUUUGGAAAGAUACAGAUGUCGCUGCAGAAACCGUUUAAAAUUAAGUUUACACUAUGAGGAGUUUUUCUAGAUUUACUACAGAUUUAUUAGGUUAUACAGAAUCCCAAGCGUAUACACACAUCAUUUAAUCCGACAGUAUUAAAUUCGGAUACAAAAUAUUUACUUUAAGCCCCGUGCAAACGGACGCAACAUUGUUGGCUAACAAACUCCCAACAAUGCUGCUUGCAUGUUGUGUCUGUUUGUACGCCCUGUUGCAUGUUGCUGCGUGUUGUUGGGAGUUGUUGCGCAAAGUUUGAAACCGAUCAAACUUUUAGAUACGUCCAAACGGACGCAACAACUCCCAACAAUGUUGCGUCUGUUUGCACGGGACUUAUGAUUUCGCCGGCGAUAUCGAAAUCUGGGGCUUUCUGCAAAACGAACCCGCUACAAAAAUGCUCUGAAUUAUGUUAAACCUAGCCAAAUAAGUUGUUGUUGUUUGGAGAAUUUAAACGUCAAUAUUUUUUUCUCAAGUUUAGUUUACCUUUGGCGUGUCAUCAAAUAAUCUACUAUUUCAUUAGUGCGAUGUAUCUUAUUUCUUUUUUAUGAUUUUAUUAGAUAUAAUAAGACGAAAUAGGGACAGAUUUGUUGGAGGAGUGGUGAGUUGGCAUUCUUCACCAGCGAUACAAUACACUAUCCUACAACUAAAGAAAGCGCCCAAGGAUUGUUAGUGAAGUAAAAAGAACAAAAACAAAUUUCGAUAGGCUAAAAAGGAAGGACAACAAUGGAAUUGUGGGAAAAGACAGAGAAGAGGAAGGGAAAGGACUUCAUAGAAAUGUUCAUGUUUCGAGUCUUGAUGCAUAAUUGCCUUUAUCUUCAUUACCAUGCACAACUUGCUCAGAGAAUGAAUGAAUGAAUGAACGAAUGAACGAACGAACGAACGAACAGGAAAAAAGAGUAAUACCUGUCUGCAGUUGAAAAUGACUGCGCCAAGGAAAAAAGUAAUAGUUAUUAAUUUUCGGUGAUAGAAGAUUAAACUAAGGCAAAGACCCAUGACGUCGAUGACGUUCUUGACGCAUAAUAAUGUCAUGCACUCUUUACUUCAAACGUGGUGUGAGUUAUGUCCAAUGACCCUGUUAUUUAAUUUUAAGGCUCACUGUUUCACCGGCACAAAGGAAGAGGCAGCUGAUUAUUUGGAUCAAGGUUUAUACAUCGGUAUCACAGGAUGGUAAGUCAGACGCAGUUUUCAACCACUACAGGAUGACGACAUUGUGCUUAACUUUAGGCUAGGGUGUAAACGGUAAAGCUUAUUCCACGUCAACUUCAUUUUCUUGGAUUACUAGUUUACAUUUUAAGCCACGUGGUCUAUUGAAGCAGGGUUCACCUAUCCCUGUUUGUACGCUUUGGUUUGCUCGCUAAGUUCCGUUUUAAGCUGAGCUGCUUAUGCUCAGUCCAGCUAUGUAUAUAUGUCCUUGUAUGAUUUUGCUGGUCAGCGGAUAAAAUCAGGUGCGGUGAAAAAAACUCUAAAAAAAAGGCGUAGUUGGACGCGGGAUCUCUGAUGGCUCCUUGUUCACGUACCUUAUCAGGUUGCAUUUUCAGUUUCUUGAAUGUGGGUGUAAAACGUGAAGGGCGUUGAUUUAUAUCACAUCACAAGUGCUCUGUUUCCAAGAUCAUUUUUGUCUUUUAGUUCGCUGAAAACUGAAGAAAACAUUGAGGCCAUGAAAUCAAUUCCUACCGAUAGAUUAUUACUUGAAACAGGUAUGGUUUUCGUAGAAAGGAUUUUCUUUAUUUAUUUGUCGUGCUAGCUAGUCCAGCCAAACUUUUUGUUGCAGUUAGUCAAUAAUGUUUAUAUUUGUGUUUGCACUGAGCUCUGUGUUGGGCGGUUGCCCUUCCAGUUAAUGGCUAGUAUCUCCAAACUAAGGUUUCAUGAGACAGGCACCUGACAGACAGAUUUUAACGUAUUUUUAGCGUGUAUACAUCUAUCUUUUUCAUUAAUAUCAUUAUUUCGUGUUCAGAUGCGCCAUGGUGUGAUGUACGUCCUACCCACGCCGGUUUUAAGCACAUCAAAACAAAGUUUGAAACCAAAAAGAAAGAAAAAUGGGAGAAGGGACUCUGCGUCAAGGGACGAAAUGAGCCCGCCAACAUUGUGUAAGUACAGCAGGAACUCACUACUUUCUGUUAUAUAAAGUCAUUAGAGUCAUCAUUCCCGGAGACUUAGAGGCAGUCAGUUGGGUCGAGAGAAAAGGCCUGAAGGAAGUUUUAAAGCGUGGGAGCUCCGGGGACGUCAGUAGAGUUAUUAGGCUUUUCAAAGAAAAUGGGAGUCAGGGAACGAGCCCGCUGACUUGUGAUCCUAACGAUUGUGAAAUGCAUAAAGAUGUUAAGUUACUAUUGAAGAAACUGUUGUUUUUUGUGGUUUGUUUGUUUUAUAGUCAAGUCUUUGAAGUUGUUGCGGGAUGCCGUGGAGAAGAUGUGGAAAGCCUAGCUCAAAGUGUUUACGAAAAUACCUUAAAUUUGUUUUUCAGCUAGCAGAUAGUCUUGUUAUACUGUUUUCCACUAGCAUCUGAUCCCACUGAUACUUUGAUCCCCAAAGGACAAAAAUUUUCAGAAAAACGCAUAUUAGGUUACGAGUGAUCAAUACUGCCUGCCUUAUUCGAUCGCGCCCAUCUUGGCUCCAAGAGAGAGACUAACGGCGCUUACAAUUUAUCAGAGCUGGCUGGCCUUACCAGUUUAGUCGUAAGGAGAAUUCCACUAUUGAUCAGGAACUAUUCAGCCAGAUCAGUUUAUUUGUAAAUGGUAUAUUUAUGCAC